UCGAGCUUGGUUCAACAAAACUAAAAUCCGUACCGUGUCUCCAUUAGUGCGCAUUGCUUACUCGUUCGUCCGGUCUCGUCUUUGUUCCUCUCUCAUAACCUAUUACGAAGCCUGUUAUUUCUCUGCAAGUCAUUUUCGCCCGAAGGUAGUUCAAGGCAAGGCAAGGCAGGGUCUUUGUUCCUUUUCUUGGCACCUCAGCCUCACCUUGGGUGUUGGUCUAUAUUCAUAAAUAUUAAUUCAAUACUCGAUCCUGUCGGAGUAGGUGGAAUUAAUCCGCGCGCUUGUCAUGGCCAUGACGAAGCGCACGACGUUUACGACGAUCUCGCCGUUGCCUGCGGGCAUCUCACGCGAGUUUGUCGUCGGCUUUCUGCACAACCAUGCCGGGAUGAUCGACCUGAAUCCGCUUAUCAUCGAACGGCAUAAGAUUGAUCCGCCACCACAUGCUGCGGAAGAAGAGCGUCGGUGUGUAUGGUGGAGCAUGACGGAUAAGAUUUCGUAUCUUCCCGGUGGAAUGGUGACCGGUGAGGUUACGUACACCGCCGCUUUCAAUGACUUGCCGACCGGCAUCCAGACCCAUAGCUACGCCGCUAUGGGGACGGAUAUUUUAGGCCGUUGGACGGUAAACGGAUCCCUGCCCGGUGAACCACCGGAGCCUGUUGAGCUUGGUAUUGGUGCGCCGAGGCAGGGACUCUACUUGCGCGAGGACGUCGAGUUAAGAUGUAACUUCAUGAUGACAUCCUUCAUCAAGAAAACCCUAAAGAAAGCCCACGGCACACUCGUCGACAAACUUCUAGAAAAAGCCGAAGCGGCCGGUCCCGGCGCUGCCCAAGGAAUAAGUCACCAUCGCCAACACACUGCGUCGAGUGUGCACAGUGGUAGUAUACACUCCAACCACUCCGGUAACCAAGCCACAUAUCCCGCACCCAGCGCGUUCCAACAACAAGCUCCGUUAUACCACCAACACCGCCCGCAAUCUAGACCAGGGUCCGCGACGAAUUCGUUUGGUCGUGCAACGCCGCCGCCGAGGACGGCUAGUCCGUAUCAUAGACAUAGUCCUGCGCCGAGUAAUGGGAGCAAUCAUAAUAAUAGUAUUAUGCCGGAGCCGCUGCGUGUUAAUAAGAAUAGAACGCCGCCUGGGCAGACUAUGGGGAUUGGGAUCGGAUCGGGCAUGGGUGUGCAGAGUAUGGCUUGGUCGAAUGGGAGGGCGGCGUCGGGACAGGGGCAGUUUCGCGUGCCUAGGGCGGAUGAUGGGGGGUUUCGCGCUGAGUUGGAGUGAUGGUAGUACAAGGAGUUAUGGUGUCUUUUGGCGUUUGGGAGGUUGGCUUGGGGUUUGGAGGAUUGCAUUUAUGUUUUGUAAUGAGGAGAUCGUUGAAAAGCUUUCAUAUAGGGGAGAGAAAGUGGAAAGGGGUGAAUUCAGCAAGUUCCGAGACAGCUGUGGUAGUGUGAGAAAGAUUGAUACCCCAGGUAGUGGUAGACGAGAA